GCUGGAGGAGGAACUUUAACUCUGCGGGACUCAAACUGAACUUUCACUCAGACUCAGCAUGUUUCAAUCCAUAUGAACAGAAAUGAGGCGUUGCAGUAAGUCCCCGCCCACCACCAUGUCGGUGCUGGUGCCCCGGUCGGGCCCCCGCCCGGCCGGCCCCACCAUGCUGCUGCCGCUGCCGGGACGGGGCGACGAGAGCGGCGAGGAGGAGGAGGGGGCGGAGCCUCUGAGGGCCGUGGUGAUCGACGGGAGCAACGUGGCCAUGAGCCAUGGCAAUAAUGAAGUCUUCUCCUGUCUGGGAAUCCAGCUGGCCGUCGACUUCUUCCUGGACCGCGGACACACCAGCAUCACCGUCUUCGUCCCGUCAUGGAGGAAGGAGCAGCCGCGGCCCGACGUGCCCAUCACAGAUCAGCACAUCCUGCGAGACCUGGAGAGGAGGAAGAUCAUGGUGUUCACGCCGUCGCGCCGCGUGGCGGGCAAACGCGUGGUCUGCAACGACGACUGCUUCAUCGUGAAGCACGCCUUCGAGUCGGACGGCGUCGUGGUGUCCAACGACGUGUACCGGGACCUGCAGGCGGAGAGGCCCGAGUGGAGGCGCUUCAUCCAGGACCGGCUGCUCAUGUACUCCUUCGUCAAUAACAAGUUCAUGCCUCCCGACGACCCCCUGGGCCGACACGGUCCCAACCUCCAGAACUUCCUGCGGAAGUUUCCCAAGACUCAGCAGAAGCAGCCGUGUCCUUACGGGAGGAAAUGUACGUUUGGGGUCAAGUGCAAGUUUCUCCACCCGAAGCGCCCCAAGCAGCCGACUCGGCCGUCGACCGAUGAGCUCCACGACGGCGCCAAAGCCCCCGCCCCCGCCCCCAGCGAGGCGGCGCCGGGGUUCAGCCUGCAGCUGGUGGAGGACAUGGCCCGGAUCCUGACCCUGGGACCCGGCAGCGGCUCCAGCGAGCCGGCGAAGCCGUCCCACCGCCCGGGCAAGAGGCCGCCGUCCAGGACGGAGAAGGCCCAGCGGCGCUCCUCCGACGGCGGGCCGGCGUCGCACGGCGGCUCCCAGGAGCAGCUGGACUCCGGUCUGGGCUCCAUCGACGGGGCCCCGGCGGACGCGGCGUGGAGCUCGUGCGAGCCGCCCUACGGGGGGCGCCACGCCGUGCCGCAGCACUUCAGCCAUCCCCGCAGCUCGCCGUGCAGCUCCUGCAGCUCCGGCUCUCACGGGCCUCCGUCUCCGGGGGCGCCGCCGUCGUUCCACCCCUGCUGCGGGGCAGUCCCCUACACCGCCCCCCAUUACCACGGCUACUGCACCUACCCCGUCAACAUGGCGCCCUACAGCCAGACCGCGGACUUCCAGCACGGCCCGAUCCACCAGCGCCGGCCACCAUAUUGGUCCGACCCCUUCCCCUCUCGUGGCGCGGCGGCGCACGCCCCGCUGGCGGAGCCGGCACCCUGGGAGGCCGGUUCAAGUCCCGGCGGGGAUCAGAGGGAGGUGGUCCGCAAGAAGCUGCUGGCCAUCUUCAGCUGGCAGCUGGUGGACGCCGCCAUGGACAUGUUCCCCCAGCUGCUGGACCCCCAGCUGCUGGUGGCCCAGAUCCUGGAACUGCAGAGCCAGAACCGCUCGCUGAGGUGAGCCCGCCCCGACCGCCAGCCCCCCGGAGCGCACCUGACCCCGUAUCGUGGUAUCCACCGUCAGCCAUGCGCCCCGGACGCUUCGCAGUGCCCGUCAGCUGCCGAGUACCGGGCAGUGAGCCGUUGAUGCAAAUUGUAUCUUUAUUUAAAAUGUGGAGACGAACGGCGGAGCGUGACGUUCCACUUUAUCAGCUCCGCCUCUACGACCUCGUUCGGCGUGCUUCCUCUCUCUUCCUGUCUCCGUGGACACGACCCAACAGGCCUGCCGCUCGUAAAAACAACUCCAGACUUUGAAAAAAGGAGCAGACGCUCUCAUCUAUUGCACAUUUUUAACAGUUCUACACUCACAACGGAAGAAAAGGCAUCAAAACUCUGAGAAACAGAAUUCAGAGGUGUACCUAAUAAAUUGGUAGCUUCUUGUAUGCUGUGGAUCGAGCUGUUUGUGUCAUGUUGGCGCUGUGCACACUUCCUCUUUCUUCCACUAGCUUCCUCGAUUCACUGUGCGUUUUAGGAAACAGAGCCAACAUGGCCGCCUGCACAGCCUGUGUGUGUUUUGUACUUUGAUGUAAAGUUACAGGCGUGAAUGACAGUCAAGUUAAAUAAAAAUGAAGUAAGUUCAC